AUGGGUGAUGUUGCAACAGCGCAAUUCAGGCCAUGUGACUAUGAGCAGAGAGAACGUGAUAGCAUUGCCUCGAGUUAGCACUGUUCGCAGGGAAGUUGCUCGUACCUUGCUCGGCUUGCCACUUCCCAGGGGAAGCGUCGUUCUUAAGGGUACGCGGCAGCGUGUUAGGUACCAGGUCCACGAGGCAUAGUUAGGGGGCCCCGUACACGUGCUCACCUAGGACACGGAAGGACGGGUGGCAAAUUAUAUUGGGCCCCCACAAAGCAAUAUCGGGGCCCCCUUUCGCUGCAGCAACUCAAGUGCCGGAGCGGGAGUAAACUCGCAAAACGUGCUUUUACGGAGAAACCCUAUGUGCGCGUUCUAUGUCGGCUAGCCGCGCAUCGACAACGGCGCGAGGCGUUCGGCACGACAAUGGUCGGCGCUCGAAGAGCUACGAGAGACGGCAGCAUGCAAGCCCGUACCCACCUUAUGCAGUGACGUCACUCUUUGCUCUGAUUGGCCGAAUCGACUCGACAGCAUGGAGCCGUUGUAAACACGGCGAGGAAACAAAAGGUGCACUUUUGUUGAGUGGAACGGUGCUGGAGGCGCCAUGAAUCUGGAAAUCCUAAUUAAAGCCACUGAAUAUGUAGAGUAUCAAACUGAGGCGAAAAAAAGAGGUGAGGUUCCAAAAGACUUUGUGACAUAUUCAGCACUGCAAAACCCUGGCACGCCACCGGCCUCUCCACCAAGGGUGCCAUUGCCUCCCCCGGCGCCGCCUACCAGCACGCCAGUACAUGCGCCCAAGGUAAACGGGGUGGGGGGCUCGCCAUCAGGGGGCAAGGUGCCACCCCCGACGAGCCCUCCAUACUACCAGCCUCCUGAAAACUCAUACCUUGCGGCAAGGCUCACCGCCCCCACGCCAGCCUCCAAUGGGGGCAGUGCGUCGUCGUCACCCGCCUCAGAAGGUUUUGUCAAGGUUAAGAAUAUAUCGAUGACGCUGCCAACGACUACGCCUAUCUCUUCUCCUUCGGCGCACAUUCCCUCAGGUGGGGUGCCUAGCUCACCCUCCAGCGUAAACGGAAACAUUUCUCCCCAAGAACUCAAGAAAAGAGCUGGUGCGGGUACACGCGAAGUGCACAACAAGCUCGAAAAGAACCGCCGGGCGCACCUAAAAGAGUGCUUUGAGAUGUUGAGGCGACAACUGCCCCCGUGCGGCCACGAUGACAAAAAGCCGUCCAACCUCACCGUUCUCCAUUCCGCCAUCAGAUACAUACAGACGUUGAGAAGAAAAGAGCGUGACUUUGAGCACGAGAUGGAGCGUCUAGCUCGCGAAAAAAUCUCCUUCCAGCAGAGGCUCUCGUCCUUGAAGAAAGAAAUCAGUUCUCAGUGCGACUCCGUGGACUUUUCGAACCUUCUGCCCGACGUACCUGCGCAGGCUCUCAAGUCGUCUCAGGUGCACAUGGGUGGAUCGCUGUCAAAACCACUGCCCUUUGACUCUGAUGACGAUUUCGAAUUUGACGAAGAGGAUGAAACAAUGCAGAAGCCGCCAUCUCCGCAACACUCGGCUUCGACGUCGACUGCCUCCGGUAAGACAGAGCGUGGCCACUUGAGCGACGUGGAGGACUUAUCGGGGGGCAACUCGCGGCCAGGGUCUUCCCGCGACGGGGGCUGUUCUCCCACGAUGCCCGUCGCGGCCCCAGCGACCAACCCCAACGCGCUGCGGCCCUCGGCGGUCGUGGAGCACCCCGGCCGCAGCAGCAACAUCGGCGAAGUGUUGCGGGAGGUGGUGCGGAAGCCCUCGUCACCGCGCACCGAGCCUGCGCCGUCGCCGCAAAACCUAGGCACAAAACUGAGCAUCCAGCCGCAGCCGGCCCCCAUCCAGCUGACGCAGGUGUCCAACAAGACGUUUGGCUUUUUGCAGCAUGUCGGCGAGCACAUUUCGCGACAGUCGCACGUGCAACUCGUGCCGACUUCGCACGGUUUUGCCGGUUCUGGACCAACUCUCGUCGCGCCUACUGCGAUCCAGUUAGUAGCAGCCCCCAGUGGCCUGAGAAUGCUCGCCACCGCGCCUCAUCCAGACCAACGGUCACAAGUGAGCAGAGAUGAUGUGUCGAAAGUGAAGAUGAGCACCUUCAUCACCACCACUGAGUCCUCCCGGCUACCUGGUGGUGCGGAAAUCAACGUCAUCUCCAGCUCCGCCUCGCAGAAUGUGCCGGUCGUGCGAGGAAACAUGCCAGGCAAACCCAUCAACCUGUCUGCUAACGCCAGCGCAUCGUUGCUGUCCACCACCUCGGCUCCCCCCAUUCUCAACGGGAGCGUCAUCAGCCACGGCUCCGCUCUUCACAGACAAACACUGCCACAAGGACAAAAUAACACGACAGUGCUCUCUUCUGGUGCCACCGCUCCGCUAACCCACACAGUAACCCACCAUCUUGCACCUGGCCAAGGUAUCGCGCAUGUCGUGGCCGCAUCUGGACAGAGUCACAUCUCAACUUUGGGGCCGUUAGUGGCAGCUCCUGUUACGAUGGUUACACCUGGUAGCCAUCCAUCAGGAGUCCACAUUCUGGCAACUGCAAAGCCACCGUUCCUUCUUAAGCAUCAAGUGCUGCCAACGCUGGCUUACCAGAGCGGACAGCUCGUCAAACCAGUGAUGAUGGUCAGCUCAGCAGCUUCCGUCAUGUCCGCGCCCAGGCCCCCGACCAGCGAGACAGCCUCGCCCAACGGUGUGUCCAACCAGAAGAGCACCCCCUCGUAAUUCGCGUGCGGCAGGAGGUGCUGCAUGUGGCCACCACAUUCCUAGCCUGUAAUUUUAUUUCCAAGAAAGAAGUACAAAUUAUGAUUUCUCGUUGUGAGCGGACAUUAUUGACUUGGUGUGCAGAAGACUCAGUCAAAGACAAGUGUACGGUAAUCUAGAAGAAACCAUAACUCGAGGUGAAGGUGAAAACGAAAGUAUUAUAAAAAAAAAGAAACGCAAGCCGUGUGAAUUUCAACUCAAUCAUCAUUGUUAGUGCCAUUCAGGAUCGCCUCUUUGCUGGCUGAAAGUUUCAGAUUGUCGCCUUUUGUGUACCGAAGACCCUGGUGUGGUUGCAUGCGAGGGAAAUUUCCAGAAUUUUUCAGCUUUGCACACAAAAGCCGGUGGCUUAAAUGGAACUUUUGCUUCUCAAAAUUCCCAAUUGUUGUACUUUGCGUUGCCUGGCACCUUCCAAAUUUACUACGUUGCUUUGACGAUGUACCCGUUGCGCAUUGAAAACUUUCACAAGGGAGUCUUUUAUUUUCUUCAAAACAUUAACUUGAAACUCGCCCCUUAUUUUACUGUCUUUUUCUGAAGCAUUUUAAAUUUCAUUUCCCCUUCCCCAAGUUGUUACAUUUGUUCUUGUUGUGGGUCAACAAAAUAGGACUCUUCAAUCGUCCUAGGAAUCCAAGUAGUUUCAUCCAUCCUGUUUUUUACUUCGAGUGUUCCUUUUGAUCAUUCAUGUGUAGGGUCCGACUUCCUAUUUAUUGCCUAAUUUGUUAGAUUGAAUGUGUUAAGAUGUUGUGGUCAGUUUGACAUUCACUGGUUCCAAGCCAGCAUGCGCGGUUGAUUGUACACGUCAUGAUGAAAAACAUGAAAAAUAAAACUCUUUAAUUUGAUCUCACCCUAUGUUUUCCCUCGUCUUUAGCUUGCCUCUCCCCACCCUCAUCAAUGUUCAUAACCUUCAAAUCUGCAAUAAUGUGCACCAAUCUUUUGGUCUUCAAAAUAAUUAUGGUCAUUAUAACAAUGAACAUGUUAUAAAAGUUGAAUGUGUGGUAGAGAAAACGCAGACUAAUUAAUACUACGAAAAAAUAAAGAUAAGCAACGAA